UUAUCUGCUUAUUAUUGAUGAUUUAAAGGUUAAUAUGCAGUGGUAAUAAACAGAAUUGGAGAUUUAUCUUUUAUUAAGAUGGAAAAAAUGACUUGGUAUCACCCCUUUAUGAGCCGUUUGGAAUGUGAAAAGAUUUUACAGCAUAAAAAAGAUGGUUCAUUUUUGAUACGUAAUAGUGAAUCCACAGUAUCCGAUCAAGUAUUGUCAAUUUGUUGGGACAGUUGUGCUCAUCACUAUAAAAUCAAAAGAAGUGAUAAAGGAAUGUUUUUAGCUGCAGCAAAAGGUGUUGAACAGUUUUAUUUUAAUACACUUGAUAAACUUGUUAGCUACUAUCAAUAUCCCGAUCGUGGAUUGCCGUAUGUGUUAACAGAGCCAAUAUCACGUGAUAGUUUUUCUGGUAAUGAUGAUGAUGUAGAUUCUGAUUUCAGUGAGAGUGAUGAUGAAGCUGAUUCUAUAACUUUGUUUUUCCAACAACAGCUGGACAUUAUAAAAGGAUUGAAAUUAGACACAGUUUUAAAGGAGAGUUUGCAGGAGUAUGUUACAAAAGGAAUAAAUAAAGACUUUCAACGUGUUCAGUCAGGCUCAAACAAACCUCCCAUGCUGCAAAAAUUGCUUGUGGAAGCUGCAGGAGAUUUACAACUUUCUCUUCAAAAGUUCUUGACACGACUGGGACAUAUCCAUGAGCUGUUCGAUGUUGGAAGCAAUGUCCAGGCGUUGGAGCAAUAUGAACACAUUAAUCAAGAUAAUAAUAGUAAAGAUUUAGAAUCAGUUUUCAAAAUGUUGAGUGAAUGCAAAUCUGGUAUGUUACGGUUAGAGCAAAAGGCAUGUAAGGUAUUAAAAGAGUACAGUGGACUAAGUACCAGUCAAAAUGAACAGAAACCUUCCAACACAGAAAUGGAGUAUUCUGUAUUGAGCUAUGAUACAAAAGGAAGUCCUACAGUUAUUGCUGAAAAACCCAAAGAUGUAAAGCAUAAAUUAUUUGAGGUUACAUCAGGACCAUUAAAGAGUAAAAGUUAUAUCGCAUUGGACAUAACCAAUGGAAAAAUUAUAUUUCUUAAAAAUAAUCAAGACAAACUGGAAUCUGGUACUGCAUUUACAUCUGAACAAGUUUUUCAACUUGUGAAAUCUAAAACAUCAAAAUCAAAGCUUGGAAUCUUGCUGGAAAAUAUGAAUGUUAAAAAUUAUUAUUUUGAGAAUUUUCGUUCUCGUGAAUUGUUUUGUCAAGUCGUUCAACAAAUCAAAAUAGCUCAUUCUAAAGAUAUUCACUCCUCAGAACUUUCUGUAUUCGUUGGUUCCUGGAAUAUGGGGGAUGCUGUUGAGGGAGAUAUCUCUGAAUGGUUUAAAUGUCUUGGUCUUGGAAAGACUAGACCACAAGAGUUUUGUCAUAUUGCAUCAGAUAUUUAUGCAAUAGGCACACAGGAAAGUGCUUAUCAUGAAAAAGAAUGGGUUAAGAAAAUACAAACGUGCUUAAAAAGUGUGUUUCGCAAAGAAUUUAAACUGUUAACCUGCUACUCUAUGUGGGACAUCCGUAUCGUCAUUUUUGUCAAAUCCGAGCUACUGAACUUGGUUAACUCAGUAAAACAAUCAAGUGUAAAAACUGGUAUAGCUACCGUUUUAGGUAACAAAGGAGCAGUUGGUGUAUCAUUUAAUGUUGGGACUACUUCGUUCUGUUUUGUAAACUGUCACUUGACUUCAGGAAAUGAAAAACUACAAAGGAGAAAUCAGAAUUUUCAUAGCAUAUUACGAGGUUUAAAUCUGGGACAGAGAGACAGUUUUGACCUAAUGUUGUCCUUCCACCACUUGUUUUGGUUUGGCGAUUUAAAUUACAGACUUGAUCUGGAUGUUACAGAUAUUAUAAAGUGGAUUAUGGAACGAGAAUGGCAGAAAUUGCUUGCAGCUGAUCAGUUAAUUGCUGAAAUACGAAAAGGAAAUGCCUUUAUUUCUUUUGAAGAGGAAGACAUAUCAUUUCCACCUACUUAUCGAUACACACGAGGAACCAGGUCAACAUAUUGCUGGACAAAAGAAAAAAGAACUGGGACAAGAAUUAAUGUUCCGUCUUGGUGUGACAGGGUGUUGUGGAAGUCGUAUCCUGAACUCACCUCCUGCAACACUACUUAUGGUUGUACUGAAAGUAUUUGUUCAAGUGAUCAUUCUCCAGUGUUUGCUACAUUUGACGUAGGUGUUUUAUCUCAGACGCUUGCUGCUUCAAGUCACGAAGAUCACACAGAUAGUGGCAUGAUCAAAGCGCUUAAGAUUGUUUUCUUCUCUGCAGAGGCUAAGAUACUAACAAGUAGCGGCACAAAAUUUAUGUUAGAAUUUCAUUCCAACUGCCUAGAAAAGCGUGUUAUAACUAAAAAGAAUUCCUACACGAAUUGCAGAAGGCAGACAGAUAGUCUUUUUAGAGGUUCUAUUCCUUCUGAUCACAAAACAUAUUCCUAUCCCUGGUGGACAAAAACGGAUUUGGUUGAUCUUCAUCCUGUGUUGUCUGACUUAUGUUAUCUUGAAGAUCAACACUUGCUUGUUGCUGUUAAAGGGGAGGAUGGCCAGGAGUAUUAUGGAGAAUGUGUCAUAUCAAUGAAAAUGUUUCUGUCCGGCAAUCCAAAGGUCUUUGAGGUCAUGAUAACACAUUUGGGAGUGGAAACGGGUGUUUUAAAGGUGGAAGCUCAGUUAAUUAUUCCAAGUACCAUAGAAUACACAGCAUCUCAAAAAUCUAAAGUUUAUGAUCUCAUUAAGGUGGAAGAGGAAGAUUCUCGACCAAAUACUAAAAAAUGUGGAGAGAAGAAAGAAAUGUAUUUGGUCAAUUUACCUGUAAAAAAAGAAGAUAUAGAUCAAAUAGAUCCAGUUGACAAGAAGGUAGAACCUCCUACAGACAAUGAAGAAAGACCAAUAAGUAUGGGGUUUGAUAAUCCUUGUGUAAAAUAUACCAAGCUUGAUGACAGUACUGAUGAAUUCAUGGCAUUGUCUUAUACUGGUUAUGGCAUCAGAGAGUCCAAACAUUGUUCGGUGCCAGCCUUACCACCAAAAAAGAAAACUUUGUCUUUACCUAACUCGCUACCAGAUAACAGCACAAUGCCACCUCUAUUAAUGAAAUCUGGUGAAAGAAAUGCUUCAGAAGAGUUAAAACCACUGUUGUCAAAUACCUUACCAAGAAGUUGUCCAGUAGAAGAUCUACAACCACCAUCCAACACAGGGCAAAUAUUAACAUCUGAAGCAGAGUUGUUACUUCCAUCAAGUUCAGAAAUGUUUGUACCAGUACCAAAGCCAAGAACAAAAAAAAUGGUGAAGCAGUUUGUAUCUGAUUUUUCAAAAUGGCUGAACAACAUUGGAUUUGAGAUGUACGCUGAGCAUUUAAUAAAUAAUGGAUUUGAUGAUCUCGAUUAUUUUUGCUCAAUAACGGAAGAGGAUUUAAAGGACGUUGGAAUAUUGGAUGAAAAACACAGGGAAAAGAUUGUUCUAGAAGCAAAAAAGUUAAAAGGUCGUCACAAGGAUCACAAAGAUAUAGUAGCUGUGUAGAGUUUCUUUAUAUUUUUAUAUUAUGCUAAAGUUUUUUUUAAUGUCAAUUUUUGUCUAACUCAUUUCCAGUACAAUCAGUCGUUAUAAAGCGACUUUAUAUAUGUCAAAGCUAUUAUUUGUACAUUGUGUGUCAUCUGCAACGUGCACAAUUUAUAAAAAAACCCGGUAGUUUUCACAAUGUGGUAGUAUUCGCAAUGUGGUAGUAUUAGCCUUGUUUACCUGAAGUGGAAAACAAACUUGUAGGAUUUAGUAAAAAGUACUUACCUUGACCACUGAAAUUAGAAUUAGGAUAAUUCAAUGAAAAUAGAUUUGGUGGUGCAGAUAAAAUUUGGUGGUAGAUCAAUUUUAAAAUAAAAUACAGUUUUAAUUUAACUAUAAGACAGGUGUUUUCUUCCCCUGAAACAUCUGGUAACUGAAAAAACCCAAUUUUUUUGUUAUGAAAAGUUGCGCAUUUCAUAUUUUCUCUAUUAAAGUUUUAAAAUUGUAGACUGAACUUUAUAAAAACUUAAAACAGUAGACAUCCUUUACAGCUAAUAUAUGGAUAUUAUAUCUGAUAGUCAUUAUUGGAGACAAGAUUUUUGAUUUGUAAUGUAACAAACAUGAUUGAAAUCCAAUCAUCCACCCCACUCUUUUGCUGUUUUUGAUGAAUUUUUUUUAAUUGAAAUUCAUUCAAUUAAGCAAAUAGUCUAUUUUUAAUUUAGGAUGGAUUUGACUUAACAAUUGGCGAGUUAAUUAAAAUUAUGCUUGGUUUUAAUUUCGCCAGCUUUUCUCUGCACCAAAUUUUCUCCAAAUAGGGUACUGCUUAAAAGUUUUAGCUCUUUGAUUUUUUUCAGCAAGAAAAGAAUUUUAUAUAUAUAUAUUUUUUUGAAAAUAAAUAAUGCUAUGAAAUUAAAAUUUGCUCAAAAGUCUACUUUCACCUAAAUGUAUGUAUAUUCAUUGUGGAUGCUUCAAUAAGUUCCACAGGACUAUUUAACUGAAUAGUUUUUGCCCCUCGUAAACAAUUGUGAGGAAAGGUCUAUUGAAAAAAAGUUUGCUUUAAAAAAGAACACUGAUUUGUUUCUGUCAAAGAAAUUUUCUUGGUAAUAAUGCAUUAAGAAUAUGCUGAUAAUAAAAUUUGGAAAUAAAAUUGCAAACAGGGAAAUCUUAAGACAGAUUUUUACUGUUUAGCUUAGUACUGUGAAAAAAAAGGCUGUAACCAAAGUAUCCUAAUGGCAACUUAUUUAAGCUACCCAAUCAUUCCUGUUAACACCAGAUUUGUUUUAGAGCAUAGAAUUUUCACCUGCAGAAUUUCUGUAAAAAAGUGUUAAUUUUGUAUAGAUUAUUAUUUCUUUCAGCUCUUGUAGUAAAUUCAUUUUUGAACUUGAUAUUUUAUAAUUAUUAUUUUUUUAAUGCAUUAAUAUAAAAAAUUAUUCUAAACUAUUUUACCUGAUAUUACUUUUUUAUGUUAUGUUUUGUAAUAAUUAUUUGUUUUUGUAUAUAUACAUUAUAUAUUUUGUAUCAUAUCGUUUAUGUAGUCGAUAAGUAACACUUCACAGUCUAGAUAUUCUAGAGUUUUGGUAUAUUGCACAUUUAUAAAUAUUUAAACAUUUUGUUGUUCUGUUGUUGUUUAAGUUUAUUUUUAACAAUCACUUAAGUAAGGGAAGUUUUAAAUCUGCUACACAAAUUGUAAACAGUUGGUAGUUUCCUGAUUUUUUAGAAUUACAAUUUAUUUCAGUGUUUGUUUAAACUUUGGAAUUUUUUCUUUUGCAAUUUUUCCGCAAAUAAUUGUUAUGAUAAUUACUGUAAUAGAUCAGCUAUUACAAACUUAGGGGUCGUUUUAAGAAUAUGGCUAUUCGAAAACAUCUUGUAUUUGUGACAUAGUAUUAAUAGAAAUAGUGUUAAUAAAACUGUCAAUUAUUUGAUCAAUAAUAUAGUUAAUUUUUGGAAAUCUAUGCAACUACACAGCAGAAAUCUGGUAGAAGCCUUGUCACUUAAUAAAGUUUUCAAAUAUGAAAGAAAGUUAAAUUCACUAUGCUGAACACGAGUCAAAUGUUUGCAAAGUUUUAUUGGUUAAAAUCUACAGGUUAUGUCUGUUAAGUGUCCUACACAAGUUUUCAAUUUUUUACAAUUUGUUUGAGUUUGUACUGUAUAGGAACAUUCUUGGCUUGUAAAUAAUUUUAGUUUAUUCUAAGGGAUUUGAUUCUCUAUAUGCAAGCAUUUCUUUUUGUUUUGUCAAUAUGUUCUUUUUUUAAACUAUAUAUACUUUAAAA